UUUUUCCUUGGAUAUUGGAGGAAGCAUCCUUCAAUAAUAACAACACUUUCGACCAGGUUUUUUUGUUUGUACAGUUCGUUCGUUGUUUAAAUUCUCUCUCUCUCUCUCUCUUGGGUACUCAGAUUUUUCAAGUUGAAUUGUGAAGAAGAAAAACAAAUUAUGGAUGAUGAAUAUGCUAAGCUCAUCAGGAGGAUGAACCCACCAAGAGUUGUGAUUGACAACGAUGUUUGCGAGGAUGCUACUGUUAUUAAGGUUGAUAGUGUCAACAAGCACGGAACACUCUUGGAAGUUGUCCAAGUGCUCGCGGAUGUGAACCUUACGAUAGUAAAAGCGUAUAUUUCGUGUGAUGGAGGAUGGUUUAUGGAUGUCUUCAACGUGGUUGACCAUGAUGGGAAAAAAAUUAGAGACAAGGAAGUGUUGAAUUAUAUUCAAGUGAGACUUGAAAGCAAUGACGGAUUUGUACCCACGGUGAGAGAGUCUGUUGGUGUGAUGCCCGCGGAAGAGCACACCUGGAUCGAGCUCUCCGGCACUGACAGGCCAGGUUUACUGUCUGAAGUAUGUGCAGUUCUAGCAGAUCUUCGUUGUAAUGUGGUGAACGCCGAGAUAUGGACGCACAAUGCUAGAGCUGCAGCAGUAGUGCACGUCACAGAUGAUUCUACCGGGUGUGCAAUCAAGGACCCUAGACGCCUCUCAACGAUUAAGGAACUGCUUUGCAAUGUCCUCAAAGGGAACAAUGACCGCAAGGAGGCAAAGAUGACACUCUCACCGCCGGGGGUUACAAAUAGGGAUAGACGGUUGCAUCAGAUAAUGUUUGCUGAUAGGGAUUAUGAGAGAGUUGAGAGGGUGGAUCCAGGGAGAAUUGAGGAUAAGGGCUCAAGGCCUCGUGUAGCUGUGUUCAAUUGCAUUCAGAAGGAUUACACCAUGAUUACUAUGAGAGCGAAGGAUCGCCCUAAGCUGUUGUUCGACAUAAUUUGCACUUUAACGGACAUGGAGUACGUAGUUUUUCAUGGAAUGGUCACAACUGGGAGGACAGAAGCUUAUCAGGAAUUUUAUAUUCGACAUGUCGAUGGGCUACCUAUAAGCUCAGAAGCAGAGCGAGAACGUGUCACACAGUGUCUCGAAGCCGCCAUUGAAAGACGAGCAAAUGAGGGCAUAGAACUACAAUUGUGCACAGAUGACCGAGCUGGUCUCCUCUCCGAUAUCACGAGGAUAUUCCGGGAGAACAGCUUGUGCAUCAAGAGAGCAGAGAUCUCGACAAAGGACCGGAAAGUGAAAGACAUUUUCCAUGUGACAGACGUGGCGGGGAACCCCGUUGACCCCAAGAUUAUUGAUUCGAUUCGCAGACAAGUUGGCCCUGGUUCGCUGCAGGUGAAAUAUGACACAAGUCUAUCACCAAAGCCGCGUCAAGAGACAACAAUAGGAUUUCUGUUCGGCAACUUUUUUCGAGCUCGGACUCUCCAGAACUUCAAGCUGAUCAGAUCCUACUCUUGAUAUCUUCCUGUAAAGUCUUGGAUAUUUGAUAUUAGAACUUCCCUUGCUAAAGUAAAAAUGUGGGGACUAAGACAUGCUGUAUAGGUACUCCCAAAACUCUAAUCUGAGGUUUAGAGUGUUUUUAUGCUAAUACUGUAUAUAUAGAAGAAACCCAAAAACCACUACUGUAAAAAGGUAAAAGCUACUGGUUUGGGUUUGUACAUCUGAAGACUGAAGGCUGUAAGCAUACUUGUAUAGUGUGUACAUACAUAACAUGGGUUGUACAAAAGACACAAGAUUUGUACAGAUACUUA